UGUUUCUGUUAACAUUUAAAAAUUUGUAAAUCCGUAUUUUAUGAAGUAAAAAAUUUCAAUUAAAAACAAAGAAAAUUUCAAGCAAAUUAAAAUUAAUUGCCUUCUUUAUAAAGUAUUUCAGAAGAUUAAGAUAAAAGUCAUUAGAAUUUAGCUGUGUCAUAAAUGAAUAGAAACAACAGAAGCAAUUCUCCUUUUGGAUAGCAUAGGAGUAUUUAAGGAGGUGGUAGUAAAGAUAUUACACCAUCCCCUAUAAAGCCUAAAGAUAUACAAGAAAAUUAGUAAUUAGAUGAUGAAUUUGUCAAUGUUAUGUUGGAAGUAGAAUAAAAAUACACAAUCUUAAGUAAACAUGAAAGAAUUAGAAUAGAAUAGUGGACAAAAAAGUUAUGCACUGUAACUACGAAUAAGAUUUGGAAGAAGAAUCGUAAUUUAUAUGCGAAAGAACUGCUUAGCAUGGUUAUAGCCUCUAAGUUGAGAGAACCUUUUACUCGUAUGCCUCCAGAUGGUCCUCUACCAAAAUUUAACAAAUAUGAUAUUGAAAAGCCAAAGAAAUCAGAUCCUUUUCUUAUUAGAGAAGAUAUGAAUUUAGGAAUCUUAGACUAAAGAUAAAGAUCAAUAAAUUCUCACCAUGUAAAUUAUAAUCAUUAGAACCUCCCUCUCAACAACUCCUAGCAUAGAUCUCAUUCAAAUUUACAUUCAAAUUAUCAACAGUAGCAAGUAAAUACUCCCUAGUAAAACCCUCAAAAUUAAUAGUAAUAGUUUUAAUAUUAUGGAACUGCAAGCUUUAAUUAAAACGAACACAAUAAUAUACAAUAGAGCUUGGCAUAAUAAAACUAAAAUGAAUAAAAUAUGUAUAUCCAAAACUAAAAUAAUGAAGCUUAUGCUGGAAAUAAUUAAUUGAAUAAAGAAAGUGUAAAGAGAGCUUCUCGCAGUAACUCUCUUAGUAAGAAGGUCUACGAUGAUAAUUUAAUUAUUUAAUAGUAAGCAGAAUAAAUAAAGCAACUACAAGUAUAACUGCAAAUUACAGAGUCUAAAUAUACUAAUCAUGUAUAAAGCUACUAAGAAGAUAUUAAAAAUUUAGAGUAGCAAUACAAAAAUUAAAUUAAUGAAAUUUAGUAAAUAUUUAACUAGCAAAACUAAACUCUGAAUUAAAAAAUAGAUGAGAAUAAUUAGCUUCAAUAAUAAGUCAAAAAACUCAGAAAUAUUCUAUCCAACAUAGGAAUCUAAAUCAUACACAUAAAAGACACUCUACCAUAGCAAUAAUCACAACAAUUAGAUGAAAUAGUAAAAUAACUAAGUGGCUUGAACUCAGACAAUAGCAAUUUAAAUGGAAAAGAAUAGAGUGAUUUAAAUGUACCUUUUAGUUAUUUGAAUGAUACUAAUGAAAAUUAUGCCUCUCCUUAGUCUAAUAUUUAUAAUGAUGGAACUUCUCAUCACCUAGCACAGCCAAUUAACAAUUCAAUAGUAAGCAAAUAACAAAUGUCACCUAAUGUUAGAAGUAAACAUUAAAGCUCUAACAUGGAGAAUUCUUUGAUGCAAAAUUCAAUAUCAAAUAACAUUCUAGGUCCUACUAAAUAGCAAACACCAACUAAUAAUUAACAGAAUAGUGCUAUUUAAUAUGAAGGUAAUUUGACAAAUAGGAGCAAGACAAGCAACUAAAAUCAUUAAAAUUAAGUUUAAAAUUAGCUAGGCAGUAAUUUAAGUAAUGAUAAGGGCUCAUCCUAUAACAUAUUAUCUUCAAGAACUAGUAGCAGACCAAAUGCACUACCCAGCAAUAAAAACUCAUUUAAUCCAGCAAAUAGAUAUUUUCCAAGUAUGAACAAUUAGAGGAGCAAUUUAAACAAUUAAUAAGACAUCCAAAAUGAUACACCUGCAUAAAUAUAUCCUAAUCAAUAAUAAGUUUAAUAAGAUUAAAUUUAAUAAAAUCAAAAUAUUUAAGCUCAGCCUAUAUCAUAAUUCUAAAACCAUGGAAUUACCAUAAAUACAACUUCAUAGCAAGGACAGCCUCCUUAAAUAUCGACCAGAUAUGAGAAAUCUCCAAAUUAACAACACAAUAAAUAUGCAGAUCCCAUGCCGAUUACAUUAAAGAAUGAGCAAGAAACUCAGGAAUUCUUAAAUUACCUUGACAACUUUUAAAAAAGAACUGAAAAGCUAAAAAAUGAGACAUCAUAAUAUUUAAAGGUGAAUGAAAAAUAUAUAUAACCAUAAAAAAAAUGA